AUUCAAAUAAGCAUUAUCCGCUCUGAAAUACGGGGGCGGCGGGCAAUGGGAAGCAAUGGCAAUGGAGCUCUCAUUUUCUGCUCAAAAUACACUCAUUUCUCCUUCAUUUAGAACGCCUCCUUUGUCACCAAGCUCCAAAAAGUCUUGUAGAAUUUGCUUGUAUACUACAUCUAAAUAUGCAAACUCAGUUAGAUGUGCCGGUCCUUACAAGGACAGAAGCCAACCUGCUAAAAAUAAAGGAGAACAAAUUUAUGAUCAAUCUGGCAUUCAGACCGCGAAUUUGGCUCCGCGACUUACAAAGGUUCAAAAGUUGUCAAAGAAGGAGUACAAGAGGUUUAAGGAGCAGCAGCGCAUAGAGGAAAAAGGGAUACCCGCUGCAUCAGUUGUAAAGGAAGAUCCUAGGAAAACACAUAGGAUUCUAAAGGUUAUAAGAGGGAAGGCAUGUGGGAGAAAAUUACUCUCUCCUGCAGGCAUGGAUGUUCGACCCAUGAUGGAAGUUGUGCGGCGUGCUUCAUUUGAUAUGAUACAGGUAUCUUGUGGCUGUCCUACAUCAUUACUCCCAGGACGAUGGCUAGACUUAUAUAGUGGCACUGGCUCAGUUGGGAUUGAAGCUAUUAGUCGAGGUUGCUCAGAGGUGCAUUUUGUUGAAAUGGACCCAUGGGUUGUGGAGAAAGUCUUGCGACCAAAUUUGAUACAUACAGGUUUUGAGGAACAAUCAGUUAUACAUAUGGUCCGAGUUGAAGCAUUUCUGAAAGAGUCUGAGAAGACAGCUAGUAAAUAUGGGUUAUUUGAUUAUAUCAGUGUCACACCUCCCUAUCAAUUAGUAGACUACACUGUUUUGAUGGAUCAGCUUUCAAGCUCGCCAUUAGUUGGAAAAGAUUCAUUCAUUUUGGUGGAGUACCCAAAAAGGACUGUUAUGGAUGAUUUCUGUGGGCCUCUUGUUAAGAUAGCAGACAAGCGGUAUGGACGAACUUAUUUAGCUGUCUAUGGCCCUGAAUGGUCUAGAAGAAAGCGGCAAAUGGAAACUGCAUCCGAAUGAGAAAAAUCUUGGUCAGAAAAAGAAGCCAUCUGGAGAGGUCUUUUGAAGAACUCCAGGUGGAGAAGCGGGUUUACAGAGAAGAAGACCAAUAUCAAGGAGAGAGAUUGUGGUAGCUUUUGUUGCUGGUUCUAGAUCAGUUUAUUAUCACUUUUGUAAUGGUUUUUAUCAACCCAUAUGGUUGCAAAUCAAUGUAAUUUAAGCUGUGCAAUGUUAUUUAUCAAUUCAAGACUUUUUGAAUGAGAAACAUGAGACAUUUCUUACACAUUUUGAGUUAAUUUCUAGCAUUUUUUGAGUUGCAUUGUUUAUUGUUAAGAGUUUGUGAGAGGGGGUUCUCAUCCCUGCAUGAGUAAGUGCCUACAAAUAUAGAAGUGGGAGUUGGUGCUUCCAGUGGGUUGGUGGUUGUAAAUUGAAUGAGAGGUUGGUGCUUCUAGUGGGUUGUUGCUCACAAAUUGAAUGAGGGGUUGGUGCCUACAAAAUUUGUAAAAAGAAGAUUAAUAAAAGCAAUAUCUUUUCGUGGGUUUG